AAGGGACAAGCGGAAGUGAAUAAAGCGUAGUAUUGAAUGUGUUGUGGUUGAAUAAAAGUGAGAUGUGCAGUGUCCGGCAUUGGGCGCCCGUGUUUCUUUAUUUUACAGUCAACCCUCUGAAAGCUAGGUAACGCCAGAAACCCUCGGUUACAUUAGUAAACUAAGAUUUGUUGUUGGAGGAAAGAGUUGUUGGUACGACGCGUAAUAGCGUCCGUCCCCGGAACUAACGUUAGCUGGUUAACUGUGUCACAUCGUGAUUAGGACGGCGUAGUAGAACGCGCCAGUGGUUAGUUUCUUAAGAAGAAAGAAACGUCCCAAACUGCUGGAUGUGGUUUUAAAAGGUGAAACAAAGCUACACAGAGCAGGUCGGGGCAAAGAGGAACUUUAAAAUGAAGUCAGAGAGGACGCUGGCAGCGGACCAGGGGACAGCUUUACCUAAAGAUGUUCUGGAAGUGAUUGUUGGUGAAGAGGAGCUGCAGGAGUGUAGCGCCAGUAUGGACCAGCAGGAUCUAGGUCCCCCCCCACACAUUAAAGAGGAACUUGAGGAACUAUGGAGCAGUCAGCACGGAGAGCAGCUUCAAGGGCUGGAGGAGGCUGAUAUCACCAAGUCCCCUUUCACUCCUGUCCCUGUGAAGAGUGAAGAUGAUGAAGAGGAAGCUCAGUCCUCACAGCUUCAAAGACAAACUCAGCACAUGAAAACAGAAGCUGAUGGAGAGGACUGUGGAGGACCAGAACCAGCCAGGAACUCACAUCCACUUUUACAACCAAAGACUGAAGAACAGACUGGAGACUCAUAUGAACCGGAGACUGAUGACAGUGCUGAUUGGAAGGAGACCAGAGAACCCCAGUCAGCCUUAAAAUCGCUGAAACAUGAUUCAAGACGUAAGAAACCAUUCAGCUGCUCUGAGUGUGGGAAAAGAUUUGGAACAAAGCAAUACCUAAAGAGACACAUGUUGACUCACACAGGAGAGAAGCCUUUCAGCUGCUCUGAGUGCGGUAAAGGUUUCUCUGAUAAUGGAAACCUGAAGAAACACAUGAGAACUCACACAGGAGAAAAACCUUUCAGCUGCUCAGUCUGUAAGAAAUCUUUUACACAGAAUGGAGAUUUACGGUCACACGUGAUAACUCAUACAGGAGAGAAGCCUUUUAGCUGCUCACUUUGUAAUACAUCUUUUACACGGAGAGGAGAUUUACAGAAACACAUCAGAAUCCACACCGGAGAAAAACCGUUCAGCUGCUCUGUCUGUAAGAAAUAUUUUACACAGAGUGGACAUUUACAACAACACAUGAUUACUCACACAGGAGAGAAGCCUUUUAGCUGCUCAGUUUGUAAUAAAUCUUGUUCACGGAGAGGAGAUUUACAGAAACACAUGAGAAUCCACACAGGAGAGAAACCGUUGAGCUGCUCAGUCUGUAAGAAAUAUUUCACACGGAGAGGACAUUUACAGAAACACAUGACAAUCCACACAGGAGAAAAACGUUUCAGCUGCUCAGUCUGUAAGAAAUAUGUUACACAGCUUGGAGAUUUACAAAAACACAUGAGAAUCCACACAGGAGAGAAGCCUUUUAACUGCUCUGAGUGUGGUAGAGCUUUCUCUGACCGUGGAAACCUGAAGACUCACAUGAGAACUCACACAGGAGAGAAGCCCUUUAACUGCUCUGAGUGUGGUAGAGCUUUCUCUGACCGUGGAAACCUGAACAAACACAUGAGAACUCACACAGGUGACUCGUUCAGCAGACAACGUUUUCAGCUGCUCAGUUUGUAACAGAAGAUUUGGAAUCCAGCAGUCUAAAUUCAAAACACAUAAAUGUGUUGCUCAGAUAGAAACAGAAGCUUAUUUGAGAGGACUGUGGAGGACCAGAACCAGCCAGGAACUCACAUCCACUUUUACAACCAGAGACUGAAGACCAGACUGUAGACUGUUCUGGACCUGAGACUGGUGACAUGGAUUAAUGUUUGUGCCUUU